AUGGCAACAACAACAAUGAUAACUUCAACUCCUAUGGAAGAUAAGAAAAAAACUUUAUCAGCAAAUAAACACAAUCGAUCAACUGUUGCUCGUACACUUAAACAUGAUCCAAAAGAUGAAUUAAAAAAAGAUGAACUUAGACAAUUAUUCGAAAAAGUAAAAAUACUUUUAUCAAAUGUUCGAUUUGGUCGUCUUAGUGGUCAAGCUGAUCGAUAUGUAGCAUUACUUCGUGAUAGUGGACAUGUUAAAGAAGAUAUACUCAAUGAACAAAUACCAAUGAAUAAUGUAUAUGAAACACAACCUGUACAACUUGAAGAAGUUAUUAUUCAACAAAGAAAACAAGUAGAAACAUUAAAAAUUUUCACUUGA